CACCGAGUGACAUCAGUCAGGCAGAUCCGGCCUCUUCAGUCCACUGAGAUCCCCAUCCCCUCUCUCAUUCUCUCUACCUCUCUUCUCUCAGUGUAUGCUUCGCCCUGCCGUCGCGGUAUAUACUCGCCUCCUGCAAACCUCUUCUCGCCCCCACCAUCGCACGCUCCACCCCACAAUGUCGCACGCCAUCAACCCCGCCUUUCCUGACACGGUGAACGACGUCGACCGCUACUCCGAGGCGUGGGAGGGCAAGUGGGCCACCAAGACGACGGGCUGGGACCAGGGCCACAGCCACCCCGCGCUGCUCAAGCUGCUCGACUCGGACGAGGCGAAGAAGGCCGGCAUCCCGAGCGCUGGGCGCGCGUUCGUUCCCGGCUGUGGGCUGGGCUACGACGUCGACACGUUCGCGCGCCGCGGGCUCGACUCGACGGGCCUGGACAUCGCCGCGACGGGCGUCAGCGCCGCCAACGCGUGGCUUGCUGCGCAGCCGCCGCGCAAGAACGCCGCCGAGGUGGUCCUGGGCGACUUCUUCACUUACGACCCGGGAUACAAGUUUGACGUGAUCUACGACUACACCUUCCUCUGCGCGCUCCCGCCCGCCAUGCGCACCCAGUGGGCCGAGAGCAUGGCGCGCCUCGCCAAGGCCGACCCGUCCGCGCGCCUCAUCACCCAGCAGUACCCCCUCAACGGCAACCCCGUCGGCCCGCCCUUCCCCCUCAGCGUGGAGAUCUACAACGACCUCCUCGGCAAGGACUGGGAGGUCGUCUGGGAGCGCGAUAUCCCCCAGGAGGAGCGCCGCGUCAACUCGCCCCCUGGUGACGAGCGCCUCGUCGUCUGGGCCCGCAAGGCUUAGCCGUGCGAGGAGGAUGACUAAUGGCCUUGAUGGUCACUGAAUGAAGCAAACAGGCGCAGAAGUUGGAUGCAUGCGCGUUGACAGG